AUGCAGCCACGCCCCUCCGCCGACCAGGAUCUCGAAAAGGCCAUCAAACUCAGCAAGCAGGCCGAGCUGGACCGGCUGCGAGGGGAGGGUGUGGACAGGCAGCGCGGGCGGGAGGAGGAGGGGUCAAGACUGAGUGCGCGGGAGGUGCUGUUGAGCAGAGUGUCGCGAGAGUGGGCGCUGCAGCAGCAGGCUGCGGAGGAGGAGCAGGGGGUGAAGCAGUGCAGCAGGCUGUCGGGGCUGGCGCAGAAGCCCACUUACCUGGACCUGUUCCGGUACGCAGGCACGGAAGAGAAGGUGCUGAUGGGAGUGGGGGCGGCUGCCGCAGUGGCCAACGGGGCCGCCAUCCCCCUGCUCGGGCUGCUCACCGGGUCGGUAAUCAACGCCUUCGCCGAGGACAACAUCAUCGAGGCCGUCCGCCCCAGCAUGAUCUACUUCAUCGUGGUGGGGAUCUCGACGUUCCUGCUGUCCAUGGUGCAGAACUCUUGCUGGGCCAUUUCGGGGGAGCGGCAGGCCCACCGCAUCCGGAUCCACUACGUGCAGUCCCUCUUCCGGCAGGAGAUGGGCUGGUUCGAGCUGGAGAAGAGCGAGGAGUUCUCAAGCAGGCUGUCCUCGCAGGUGAACGUUAUCCAGAAAUCCAUUUCGGACCAGGUCUCGGGGCUCAUCAUGAACUGUUCGAAAAUCGGGUUUUCCAUCAUCGUGGCCUUCGUCCGCGGCUGGCAGCUCGCCUUCGUCUCCCUCCUCGCCGUGCCCAUCGUCACCGUCUCGGGCUACUACUUCGGCAAGCUGGUGCGCGAAGGUGCCAAGGCCAGCAAGGAGGUCUAUGCUGAGGCCGGUGGCAAGGCCGAGGAGGUGGUCUCUGCCAUCGGCACGGUAAAGUCUCUCUGCGGCGAGGAGCACGAGUACCGGCGCUACAUGCAGAAGGCGGAACAGGCCCAGGGCGAUUCCAUCCGGCUAGGCUGGAAGGCCGGGCUGACCAUCGCGAUGUUCAUCGCGACAAUCCCAAUGUGCUCUGCACUGACAUUCUACGCGGGGAGCGUGUUCAUCCGGAUCGGGCUGUACAACGACUCGACCAACUCCGUGUACAACGUGGGUGACGUGGUGACCAUCUUCUUCGCCUCCCUCAUGUCCGGGCUCACCCUCGGCCAGGCCUUCCCCGUCAUCCGCAACAUCAGCGAGGGAGUAGAUGCCGCCGAAAGCAUCUAUGGCGUCAUCGCCCGCAUGCCCCAGCAGCGCGGCGCUGACAGCAAGAGCGAGUUCGUCUGCAAAAAGCACAUCGUCUUCGAAAAGGUGACCUUCGCCUACCCCACGCGCCCGCAGGUCAUCCUCGACAGCCUGGACCUGGAGCUGAAGGUAGGCAAGCGGAACGCGCUGGUGGGCGAGUCGGGGUCGGGCAAGAGCACGGUGACUCAGCUGCUGAUGCGACUGUACGACCCUGGCAAGGGGGAGAUAACGAUCGACGGGAGGCCCCUGUCCUAGUUCGGGCUGGGGAGCAUGCUGCGGCAAGUGGGGUAUGUGGGGCAGGAGCCCACCCUCUUCGCGACCUCUAUCCGCGAUAACAUCACCUUCGGGCUGGAGGGCAUUUCCGAAGAAGACAUUUGGGCAGCUCUCGAGCGGGCAGAGGCCAAGGACUUCGUUAUGGACCUGCCCCACCGCCUCGACACCUUCGUCGGCGGGGGCGGGUCCCAGCUCAGCGGGGGGCAGAAGCAGCGCAUCGCCAUCGCUCGGGCCAUCAUCCGCGAGCCCCAGAUCUUGAUUCUGGACGAGGCCACAUCUGCACUGGACCGGCGUAACGAGCGCUUGAUCCAGCAGACCCUUGACCGGCUGGCGAUGGGGAUUACGACCAUUACCAUCGCGCACAAGCUGCAGACCGUGCGGGGGGCAGACCACAUCCUGGUCAUCAAGCAGGGAAAGGUUGCCGCCUCGGGCAGCUUUGAGCAUCUGUACCGCACCAACGCCUGGUUCCGCGAGUGCUAUCAGCAGCAGACCACCCAGACUGACUCCGAAGAGCCAGCCCCCAGCCGGGAGGAGAGGGCCGGUGGGGCAGGACUGAUCGACUUCAUGUGGCGGCUGGCCAGCUACAGCCAGGAGGACUGGUUGCUGAUGGGGGUGGGGUUCCUGACGGCGGUGGCGAACGGGACGCUGCUGCCACUGUUCGCCCUGUUCCUGGGGGAGAUGAUCGGGCAGCUCCUGCUGGCGGAAUCCAGCUCGAGCCAGCGGGCACUGUAUUUCUUUAUAAUCGGGCUGGCGAUCCUGCUCUGCAACUUCAUCCAGUACGGGCUGUUCAACCACCUGUCCGAGAAGGUGACCCUCAAGCUGCGCUCGGACAUCUUUCUCAAGCUCAUGCGCCUCCCAAUGGAGUUCUACAUGGACCCCCGCAACACCGUCGGAAGGCUGAGCCUGGUCUCGCUGGGGCUGGUGCCCCUCAUGAUCCUGGCCUCCCUCAUCGCGCUCAAGGUCAUGUCCCAGCUCAACGAGCGGGUCGAGGAGUUCUACCGCAACUCGUCGGGGCUGCUCUCCGAGUACAUCAUGGCGAUCAAGACGGUCAAGGCGAUGGGGCGUGAGGCCUUCGUGGCGGCCCAGUACCGGGCUGCCAUCCAGGAGCCCAUGAAGCUCACUACCACCAAGGGCCUCUACGGCGGUAUGUUCUACGGGAUCUCCCAGUUGCUGUUCUUCGUGGUCAUUGGAGUCAUCUUCCUGAUCAGCGCGGUCUUCCUCGACAACGACUUCAUGCCCGACAUGGCCAGCGGCCGCACCAGCGCAGGACGCAUCUUCCAGCUGCUGGACGACGAGCCAAUUGAACCCCAGGACGGGCUCGAGUUCCCUGAACAGCUAGAAAGCCUGACCUUCAACAAGGUUCACUUCACAUACCCCGGCAAAUCAAACCCGGCCCUCAGCGGAGUGUCCUUUGAAAUGGGGCAGGGUGACAAACUGGCACUAGUGGGCCCCUCCGGCAGCGGCAAGAGCACGAUCCUCCAGCUGAUCCUGCGCAUGUACGACAGCUCGCGCGGCUCGAUCCUGGUCAACGGUUCCCCAGUAGGCAAGCUCAGCAGGCUGUCGCUGCGGAGGAAGGUGGGGGUCAUUUCUCAGGAGCCGGUGCUGUUCAACGGCACUCUACGAGAAAACAUUAUCUAUAACACUGGUAGACGAAGACCUUACCAGCGGGUCAAACGCCAGGCCCGAGUCGAUUUCAUCGACGAUGACGGCGACGUCGGCCUCAAGGGCGGACUGCUUUCCGGCGGACAGAAGCAGCGCGUCGCCAUCGCCAGGGCCAUUCUGCGCAACCCCCUGCUCCUCAUCCUUGACGAAGCCACGUCCGCCCUCGACUCAGAGAGCGAAGCCAUCGUGCAGGAGGCAAUCGCUGAGCUGGCUAAGGGGAUAACGAGUGUGUCGGUGGCGCACCGGUUGUCGACGAUCCGUGACAGUUCCGAGAUCCUGGUGCUCAAGCAGGGGCUAGUGGUCUAGCGGGGGCAGUACAAAUAG